AUGAGGAUUUGUCAAAGCCUAAUGGACAUGGAAAUGCCAGAUUAUGCUGAGUCUCUCGACUCCUCGUACACCAUGCUAGAGUUUGAAAACCUGAGGGUGCUGCCCACAAAUUCAGCAGGUGAGGAGAUCCUUCUUUCUUCUCUCCAACCAGCCUCUGCCCUUGUCUCGGAGACCGGCAACAAUGGCUUACUUGCGAAUGGGGUCAACUCGUUGUGCUCCAUCUGUGGGGACCGUGCAACUGGGAAGCAUUAUGGUGCUUCCAGCUGCGAUGGCUGCAAAGGGUUCUUCAGACGGAGCGUCCGGAAGAAUCACAUGUAUUCGUGCAGGUUCAGCAGACAAUGUGUGAUCGACAAGGACAAGAGAAAUCAGUGUCGGUAUUGCCGUCUGAAAAAAUGUUUCCGAGCAGGAAUGAAAAAGGAAGCUGUGCAGAAUGAACGGGACAGGAUCAGCAUCCGGCGAAGCAGUUAUGAAGACAAUGGGGCACUGUCCAUCACCAUCCUCACCCAGGCAGAAGGAAUGGCACAGCAGUACUCAGCUCUCCGUCCUGUGCACAACGCAGAGAUCGCCAUGAAGAAAAUCGCCACGAUCAACGACGUGUGUGAAUCAAUGAAGCAGCAGCUUUUAGCCCUGGUGGAGUGGGCAAAAUGCAUCCCCGUGUUCGGUGAGCUUCCCCUGGACGAUCAGGUUGCCUUGCUAAGAGCCCACGCAGGGGAACAUCUCUUGCUGGGAGUUGCAAAGCGCUCCAUUCCAUACACAAAUUUUCUCUUACUAGGCAAUGACUUCAUCAUCCCCAUGCAAUGUCCAGAGCUUGAAAUUGCCCGAGUGGCCAUCAGGAUCCUGGACGAGCUGGUGAAGCCCUUGCGGGAAAUUCAGAUCGAUGAGAAUGAAUAUGCCUGCCUUAAAGCCAUAGUCUUUUUUGAUCCAGACUGCAAAGGGCUGAGCGAUCCAGGGAAAGUCAAGAAUAUGCGUUUCCAGGUCCAGGUGAACCUGGAGGAUUACAUCAACGACCGGCAAUAUGACUCCCGGGGAAGGUUCAGCGACAUCCUCCUGCUGCUCCCUCCGCUACAGAGCAUCACCUGGCAGAUGAUAGAGCAAGUUCAGUUCGUCAAACUCUUCGGCAUGGCCAGGAUUGACAGCUUGCUGCAAGAAAUGCUUCUUGGAGGAACAAGCAUGGAGAUGCCCCAAUACCAGCCAGGUCCUUCCAGCCAUAAUAUGGAGCCUCUUCCAGGUCACAUCGUGCUGCCUAGUACAAUCGGCUCAGUGAUUCACACCAUUUCAGUCUCUUCACCAGAAACUUCGCUCCCUUCUCCUUCCACCAGCACAGGAAGUGAAGAUUACAAACUGGGUCCCACGCCUGGAUCCGAAAUCCCAACAACCCUUUUGCCUCAGGUGGUCAUCCCCAAACAAGAGAUCCUCUAG